ACGAAAACGCGGAAGUAAAGAAACCGAAGUAGGGGAGAAAGGGAAAAAGAAAAAGCUUCGGAAGGCGAAAUUUCAAGAAAUAUUCAAGACGUUAAAGGAAGCGUUUGAUGCAGUUCAGCGGCCGAGUAUAACAACCCCCCUCCCUUCCCCUGACCAGAGUAUCAGCAAGCCAGCAUGGGCCUGUGUGACGGUUUGUCCCACUGCAAACUGGCUCUGGCCUUCGCCGUGCUCAUGGAUGUGCUCGGGGGCGUCGCCCUGCUGCUGGGGGUCUUUGCCCCCCUGGAGGUGAAAGGUCAAGACUUUGGAGACUUGCUCGUCUACACGGGAGCUCUGUUGGUCCUGAUGUCGCUGGGCGGCUGGGUGCUGUGGUACAGCGGAAACAUCGAGGGCCUGACGUACAAAAAGGAGCUGGGACACGUCGGCAGCGCCGUGGAGCGCCUGGCUCGCAACCUCAGCCGCAAGAUCCUCACGUACAGAAUCCACCGCUGAGGAGAGAGAGUGCGGAGGGCGGCCAGGGCUCACCUACUUCAGCCAGUGUUCACAUUCAAGUGUUACCAGCUUGUCCAAAACAUUUCACCUUGCUCUCCUGUUACACUCUUCAUACCUUCACAUUUAUAUUGUCAUUUAAUGAUCUCAAGUUACAUUUCAAUAAAGCUUUUUUAAAA